GAAGGAUGUUUCCUUUGGUGAUGAGAGUGUUAAUGCUGUUGCUACCCCUGGGUCAUGCUGCUCCCAGGGAUGGAGUCACAAGGCUGGAUCCUGAAGUGCAGCAUCACCUCCUGCCCAACCCCUUCCAGCCAGGCCAGGAGCAGCUCCGACUUCUGCAGAGCUACCUAAAGGGACUAGAGAGGAUGGAAGAGGAGCCAGAGCACAUGAGCCGGGAGCAGGUUCUCCUCUACCUCUUUGCUCUCCAUGACUAUGACCAGAGUGGACAGCUGGAUGGCCUGGAGCUGUUGUCCAUGUUGACAGCAGCUCUGGCCCCUGGAGCUGCUAACUCUCCUACCACCAGCCCGGUGAUCCUGGUAGUGGACAAGGUGCUCGAGACCCAGGACCUGAAUGGGGACGGGCUCAUGACUCCUGCAGAGCUCAUCAACUUCCCAGGAGAGGCCCCCAGAUAUGCAGAGGCCAGAGAGCCCCUUGCUCCAGCUCCCCAAGAGCCACAAGCUGUUGGGAGGCAGUCUCUGUUAGCUAAAAGCCCCCUAAGACAGGAAACACAGGAAGUCCUCAGUCCCAGAGAAGAAGCUGGGGACCAGGUAGAGGUCAAAAGGGAGUCCCUGGAGCCUGUACAGGAGGGUGGGGGUCAGCUGGAGGCUGAAGGAGAUGCCCCAGGUCCUGGAGGGGAGGCUGGGGGACAAGCAGAGGUCAGGGACAAUGGAGAGGCAGCCAAGGAACUUCCAGGGGAAAAACUGGUGUCUAAGAACACCCCAGAUGAGUUUGAGGUUCAUGCUAUUCAACUGGAGAAUGAUGAGAUAUAAACCUUGAGGAUAGAGGUCCGCACCCCUCAAAGUCUCGGUGUCCAGAGGGUGGGUUGUGGGUGUUGAGACGAGGACCACCUCUAUGUCCCCUUUCUAGCUCCAGUGGUGGAAGGUCAUUCUGUGCAGCUCAGGGAGACCCUAAGUUGAAAGGGAGCUUUAGGGCCCAGAAAACUAAUAAAGAACUGAUCGAAUUAAUCCCCCUGGGCCAUCUCUCACCAGUCCAGCCUACUCAGACCCCCUCAGGGGCGCAGGGGUUGGGGAACAGACAGUCCUCUUGGAAGGACAGGGAUUUAGCUUUCCCAGUGUUCCCAGGCCGGUGGUGCUGAGAUAGCAGUCUACAGUGCUAGCUACAGCCAGCUGCAGACAACCCCAGGAAGAAAAGCUCAGUCUAUCCCUGGGGCCCAAACACUCUCCCAUUCCCCCUUUACCUGGUGUUCAGACACCCCAUGACCUCCUGCAGCUCGUAGCAGAUGGUCCCCAUCACCUUGUCCCCACACCCAGUAAUAUUAAUAACAACUACCAUUUUUUAAGAGCAUAAUAUAUACACCAAAUACCAUGCUAGGCAUUUUAUAUAUUCCCUGAUUUUACCCUCACAGUAACUCUAUGACUAGGCAGAAUUAUCUCCAUUUGACAGAUGAGGAAAUUGAGGAAGAUCAAUUUUAUGUAUCCUAAAGUGACACACAGCUAAUUAAAUGGCAGAUUUAAA